CAAGUUCGCCACACCAUCCGGUCGAAAGCCAACAAUAACUCGAACCGUCGCCAGCCUGACGGAAACAUCACAGGAGCAGUUCUUAGAUCCCUCAAGAUGUCCGUCAAAAGAAGAACGCCGGUACCCCUCUGCCUAUCCUGCUCGUCGACCCUCUUGCCUCGCUCGAAAUCCGGCAUCGACAUCAAAGACUCGACCUAUACCACGCCGUGUUGCUCUUCACCCAUCUGCGUGCGAUGCAUCGAUAACAAUCCCAGGUUGAAAGACUAUAAUCCGUGCCUAUGGUGUGCGAGCGGAGUCGGCGCAAUGGCUUCCGGAUCCAAGAUGAUCUCGCCAAAGUCUAGCAAGCAGGUCGAGGCGGAGCAGGAGGUCGCCGAUGGUCGGUUCGAGAUCGGAGACGAUUCCGACCUCGAAGACGAUGAGGAGCUGUCUCCGGAUAGUCUGAGGGAGCCACCUCCACCUUACGAAAUCAGCGGGGACGACUCGAACUCUCAUGGUCCACCAGCUCAAGAACCUCGUCAUGGCGAAAGUGGUGUUCUCAGGGAGGAGAUAUCGUUCCCCGAAGAGCCGCAGGCUGAAGAAUCUAGAACGGCCAGGGAGCAUGUUGUACGCAAGGGAGAUACCGUCCGCUCUCUCGCUCUCAAAUAUAACCUGGAUCCAUACGACCUCAUCACCCUGAACAAGCUUCCCCACUCGGCCAUGCAUAUAUCUCCCAACUUGUUACAGACGAGGAAGAGUGUGCUACUGUCCCAGCCGAGAGCCGAUCGUAGUCAGCAGUGCGGGAAUGAGCAGGACGAUGAACAAAGGACAAGGGAGAGGCAGGUCAAGAGAUUCCAGAUCUUGACCAAGACUCCUGAUCCGGGCAUUGCCAAGGCCUAUCUAGCCGUACAAAACCUGGACGAUAGCAUCUCCCUCUCCGAGCCCAGCUCUGUCCUCUUUGAAGCCUUCGACGGCGACUACGAGAACUAUGUACAGGCGGAUGAUAAGCCUGCAGAUACUCAAGAGAAAUUGAAGCAGAAGGGCAAGGUGACGAUCGAAGGGAGGGCGGUUGACCGGUAUUACUCUGACGAGGAGUGGGUUGCGAGGGUCGCCCAAGAGGACCGAGAUGAGGCGGAGAGGAAGAAACGAGGAGGAGCGCUUAGUGGUUUGAAAGGGAUCUUGGGGGGAAAGGCGGACAAGGGGAAAGCCUCGGUCGUGAGGAAGGGCAAUUACAUACAGGGUGCUCCUUGGAUCGAAAGCCGAUAAAUUUUCGUGUCGAGUAUGUAAAAGUUGCGACGUGUAGCCGAACCGGGUCUUAUUUUCACUUUGUCUCAACUACUUUACGAUUUGUAUCUUUUGGGCAUGCCCGUCUGCUGUAUCUAUACAUCAUCGAUACCUUGAGUGCCAAGAUAAAAACAGUUACAAGACCAUCCUGGUGAGCUGAGCGUUAUGUACAGUUCGAAUUUUGCCUCAAUUUCGCGAGUUCAAGAAGGCGUCCAGUUCUGCAAGGACGAUCAAAGUAGACCGUUACUCCAACCGUCCACACAUCUGGAAAGAAGGUCAACUCACCGGCAUCCAGAUCCUCCUGCCUC